AUGGUUACCCCUAAAUUUUGCGAUGUUUCGGAAAUUCGACCUUAUCUUUAUUUAAGUGGUUUUGGUUGUAUUACGGAGAAGAAACUACGAGAUCUUGGGAUAACACACAUAAUUGACGCGACUAAUCUUCCAAAUAAUCCGCAUUAUGAGGGGAUCGAAUUUCUGAACAUUAUGGUGGAUGAUUCAUUGAUCGCCAAUCUUAUUCCUUAUUUUGGCACUUCCGCACAGUUUAUUCGGAAUGCACAAAAAAAGGGUGGAAAGACGUUAAUUUAUUGUGCAGCCGGGAUCAGUCGUUCUUCGUCGCUAUGUAUAAUGUCUUUGGUACUUAACGAAGGGUUAAGCCUGAGAGAAGCAUACUACGAUGUAUUAGAUAAAAGACCAUUCAUAUCCCCAAAUGUGGCAUUUUGGCGACAGAUGAUCGAAUAUGAAUGUAAAGAACGAGGUCAAAGUACGGUGGAGCUACUCAGAGGAAUGGCACGACCUAUUCCGGAUGUAUAUAUCAAAAAACUAAAAUCUAAUGCCUUAGUUGCAGCAGAUAAGAUGAAGCGAAUGUCUUAA